GCGGGUUCCAGCCCCCAGCCCCGGCCCCCCGAGUCCCGCGCGGGCCGGGCAGGGGCGGGGCGUCGGGCCAGCUGAGCUAUCCCGUCAGACCGCGCCAGUUUGAAUGAAAGCUUGUCAAGAUGGCGACGGCUGAGGCCGAGGCGCGAGGAGCUUGGUGUGUGCCUUGCCUAGUUUCACUUGAUACUCUUCAGGAAUUAUGUAGAAAAGAAAAGCUCACAUGUAAAUCGAUUGGAAUCACCAAAAGGAAUCUAAACAAUUAUGAGGUGGAAUACUUGUGUGACUACAAGGUAGUAAAGGAUAUGGAAUAUUAUCUUGUAAAAUGGAAAGGAUGGCCAGAUUCUACAAAUACUUGGGAACCUUUGCAAAAUCUCAAGUGCCCGUUACUGCUUCGGCAAUUCUCUAAUGACAAGCAUAAGUAUUUAUCUCAGGUAAAGAAAGGCAAAGCAAUAACUCCAAAAGACAAUAACAAAACUCUGAAACCUGCAGUUGCUGAGUACAUUGUGAAGAAGGCUAAACAGAGGAUAGCUCUGCAGAGAUGGCAAGAUGAACUGAACAGAAAAAAGAAUCAUAAAGGAAUGAUACUUGUUGAAAAUACUGUUGACUUAGAGGGCCCACCUUCAGACUUCUACUACGUUAAUGAAUACAAACCAGCUCCUGGAAUCAGCUUAGUUAACGAAGCUACGUUUGGUUGUUCAUGCACGGAUUGUUUCUUUGACAAAUGUUGUCCUGCUGAAGCUGGAGUUCUUUUGGCUUAUAAUAAAAACCAACAAAUUAAAAUCCCACCUGGCACCCCCAUCUAUGAAUGCAACUCAAGGUGUCAGUGUGGACCCGACUGCCCUAAUAGGAUUGUACAAAAAGGCACACAAUAUUCCCUUUGCAUCUUUCGAACUAGCAAUGGCCGUGGCUGGGGCGUAAAAACCCUUGUGAAAAUUAAAAGAAUGAGUUUUGUCAUGGAAUAUGUUGGAGAGGUAAUCACAAGUGAAGAAGCUGAAAGACGGGGGCAGUUAUAUGACAACAAAGGAAUCACAUACCUCUUUGAUCUGGACUAUGAAUCUGAUGAAUUCACAGUGGAUGCAGCUCGCUAUGGAAAUGUGUCUCAUUUUGUGAAUCACAGUUGCGACCCAAAUCUUCAGGUGUUCAAUGUUUUCAUUGAUAACCUUGAUACUCGCCUUCCCCGAAUAGCAUUGUUUUCUACAAGAACCAUAAAUCCUGGAGAAGAACUGACUUUUGAUUAUCAAAUGAAAGGUUCUGGGGAUAUAUCUUCAGAUUCUAUUGACCACAGCCCAGCCAAGAAGAGGGUCAGAACUGUCUGCAAGUGUGGAGCUGUGACUUGCAGAGGUUACCUCAACUGAAGUUUCAGGAAACAGAGCUGAUGAUAAUUGUAGUUUUUCUAAUGUUAACAUUUAAAAAAAUUAUAAGUAUUUGGGACUCUUUUUUAUUUUCAUAUCAGCAAGAUUAUACCUAUGUUAAUUUACAAGCCGUGUCUCAAGACAUUUGCCAAAUGUAUUACUGAUGCUUCUGAAGAGAGGGCCAGUGGGCCACACAGACUGAUAUUUAGUGCUUAGAGACCAAACACAAAAGCAAACUAUUUACGGGUCAGCAUAUGCAUAUUUCAAGAGUCUGUCAAUAGAGAUAUGCCUCCUUCAGUAUUUGAAAAGUGUUAAACUGAUAAUGUAAGAAUUGCUAAGGUCAGACAUUCAACUUGCCAUUUACCUCAAAUUUGCAGAAAGAGUUGAUUCAGUUUGAGAAAAUAUGCAAAUUCCAUUUUUUUAUCACAGUGUAAUUCCUAUUUAAUACUCAUUGUACUUGUGUUUGAGACAAAUAGAUGAUACUGAAUUUUAUACUCUUUUCUACUUCAUUAAAAUAUUGGCAUCUUAAUGAUAACAGAAAUUUAAGAUUUAAAAUUAAAUGUAAAAAAAUUUAAUUUCAGCUUGAUCUCAUAUUUUGAAGCAAUCUACACCAUUAUGAGGGGUGUUUAUGUGAACUAAUAAUUCCUGUAGAAGAAAAAUCUCCAAAAACUUAUCUCUGAAAGUCCGGAAUGGCUGGCUGUUAUGCUUCUUUGGAAGGACAGGACAUUGGGACCAGGAGGGUUUUUUGGAGGACUGGCCAGGGAAAAUGGAGCACUUAGGGCGCCUUUUAGUAGCAUGAAUUACGAGAAGCAUGUUGAGUACCUCUGGUAUAAACAGUCAAACAAGAUACCGGAGAGAGCUGCUGUCCCUAUUAAUGUAAUGUACAGUAACGGUACGUCUUUUCAAUUUCAGGCAGUUUUAACAUUUCUCCUUCCCACCAAAUUUAAUUAUUUUUGUAUUUCCUGCAGGCUUUUCCUAAAAAAUAAUCUAUAUUUUGAACUGAUACUUGUUUUAUACAUGAAUUUUUUAAAUGUGAUAAAGCUAAACUGGCCAAAGCAUGUGCCUGAACUAUGAGAUCUUUUAUUUGUUGACCUAUGAAGGCUGAAAUGGAAUUAUUAGUUUUGUGGGUGGUGUUCUUUUCUUUUCCCCCUGCAUAGUUCAAGACUUCAAUCAGGAAAAACUGUGUUGUCAUCUCUUUCUAAUUCUGGGAUUCCAGAUCAUGGUGUUCAGCAUGAAGGUAAAUGAAGCAAAUAAAUCUAGCUUUCAGUAUUCCUAAUUAAGUUCGACCUAAGCUCACUGCUCUGGGCUUUGAUGGCUGAAAAUAAGCUUAGGUACAAUAGAGCUGACUUCAUGAAUGUGGCACUUCUAAAUCAUCUUACUCCUUAACCCCUUUGGGGGGAGAAGCUAUUCUUUUGUUCAUUAUCUUACCAUCACGUGACUUUGUUCUUUCAUAAUAGAGGAUAAAUUGUUUACAUGUCUGGAGCCUUAGAGUAUAUCUGCUAGCCAAAAUUUGCAGAAUAUCUCAAGGAAAAAUACACUUUUUAAUGGCA